UACUCUAGUUAGUACACAUUCAUGGGUUUAUGGAAACCACUCUACCCGCCCACUCUAGUUGCAUAUAUAAUCGUGAAGUGAAAGGUCGCACGAGGUGUACCACGUCAGGAAGAUGUCGAAGGAUAAUCUGCAGCACAAGAAUUAUUUGCCACUGAAACUAGUUGACAACACAGAGAUAGAAGAACAACAGAAACUUGGUAAAGCCAAAUCAUGUUGCAGUGAUGAAGAAGCCAACAAAACUGAACAGAAACACCAAAGCAGUGUGUGGAAAACGACCCUCAACCUGCUCAACUCCAUGGAGGGAGUUGGUUUUCUAGCKCUUCCUUAUACUAUCCAUCGAGGAGGAAUCAGCGCGGUGAUUGGAUUAUUCAUUGUCCCUUUCAUGAGCGGAUACACUGCGUCCCUUCUURUUGAAUGCCUCUACGAACCAAAUGAAGAUGGAGWAAAGAUACGAGUGCGAUCCAGCUACCAUGAGAUUGGCCACCGUUGUUGGGCACCGUUACAUACAGUUAUCAGUGUUCUAAUUGUUUAUUUUCUCUWUUCCAUMGUGGUAUCAUACAUAGUUCUGUUCAGUUCUUUGAUAAGUCAUACAUUCCCUGGAGUUCCYCUAUCGGAAUCACAAUGGGCAUGUAUAGCGAUAGCCAUCGUUCUUCCAACCGUGUUUCUUGAAUUCUUAUCCAAGAUAGCAUGGCUUAGUUUAGUGGGUAUAYUUGCACUUUCRRKAUCGKUUGGCCUGUGUUUGGCGUACGAGUUGCARGCUGUCCAUAAAUGGGAAGUUAAUUCAUUAUUGUUCUGGGACACCCAGGGUACGAUGAUUGCACUAAAUAUCAUCGUUUUYAGCUAUGGUUUGCAURCAGUUAUCAUACCCAUAGAAGGAGAGAUGGCAGAUAAAACUAAGUUGCCCGUAGCUCUAGUAUYAAGCUAUUGUACUGGURGAUUCAUCAAGAUAGUGUUCGCAGUGGCAGGAUUUUUAACCUACACUUCAGCUACAAAUGAAGUCAUUCUCAACAACUUACCAUCAGGAAUAGCUGCCAAGAUAACAGCAGYCUUUUUCAGUGUCAGYGUGUUGGUUACCUUUCCCAUUCCUGUCUUAAUACUAGUAAAAAUGUUCGAAGAGUCAGARCUUUACUGCAAAAUAACAGAGAAGGUGCACCCRAAAAUCUGCCUCGCAUCUUUUCGUGUUKUCAUUGUUCUUUCUUCUCUUGCWCUUWCUGUUGGAUUGCCUCAUUUUGCACUUGUUGCGGCUGUAGCUGGUUGCGGAGAAUACAUGGUUAUGUUCAUCUUUCCUGGUCUUUUUCAUCUUGUUAUUAAGUACAAAAACUUAAGGUGGUUUCAUAUCUGUAUCGAUUGUUUCUUUAUGGCGCUUGGUGUUGGUGGUAUGAGUUUAGGUUUGGUAGAAGUUGUGAAAAAUUUAAUUAUGAUCUAGUGUCGAUAUCAGCCCUCCAGUGUCCCCCCUUUGAGUGCAUACCAUAUAUUCGUGAAAAUAAAGAAAUUGUACAAACGAGUGCAAAGUUUUGUAGUUUUAAAGUCUACUGAACUUUGGGCCAAUUUGUGCAAUUUCUUACAAAGGUUUUCACAGAUAUAUGGUGUGCACUCUAGCAAUAAAUACUAUAUUAGAAUAUAUWAUUGUGUGGAUGGAUCGUAUAUUAUUAAACUUUGAGUUUAAUGUAUCAGUGUAGUAAGGGCCAAGUUUCCCCGUCUUAAAAUCCCAAUCAUAAUAGAUACUUAUAUAACAUUUAUUGCAACCAAUUGGGACUGAUAUACUUGUUUUCUAAUAAAUAAUAUARUUGUAGAGCAAUAACUAAAUCACAUAAUCAUUCUCUAUUAUUAUAUAAGUAUAUGUAA